GAUGGCGUUUCUCACUCAAUGACUAGACUCUUGUCGAUGAUUGUUACCAAAGCAACGAAUAAAUAUUAACAAAACACUGAGAUCCGAUAUGACUGCGAUUGAAAUAUUUUCGAGUUCUAUUUAUUAUAAAUAUAGAGCUAGAAUAUAUUCUUUAAGCUCUUUAAUUGUGUUAUUAUUGGUUAUGAUGUCAAUAAUUACUCCGUUCUUUCUAAUGUUUAAUACAGGAGGAUUUUGGAUAAAAACAAAAACUCAUGCAGAAACACCAGACAUAUCUUUUCAAUAUAAAUAUUUAUUACUAAUGGAGAGAGGCAUAGAAAUGGCCCCAAUAGUUUGUUCUACCUUUACUAGCUACAAAGAGAAUAAUAUUUCUGAUGAUUGUUUAAUCAUAAAGGUACAAGAAAUAGAUACAAACAACGAUGGGAGGAAAGAUAUAUUAAAGUUUGAAGCUCAGUUUUAUACAGAUUCACCUAUUAAGAACAUAAGAUUUUUUUUAUUUUUUGAUUUUAAAUUAAAGCAAAUUUUUGAAAGCUCUAUUCAAUCAUUAGCAAUAUUUGAUCAUACAUUACAUCAAGAUGAACAAAAGAUUUAUUUCAUUGCUGAUUUGGAAUUAAAACAGAGAGGCAUUCUUCAUAGCGAUCAUUUAUAUGAGACAUAUAAUCAUAGUAUAGAGUUGUCAGACCGAACAUUGCUGCAAUUGCUAUCUCAAAGUGUUAAUAAAAAGUUUUCAGCAGAAAUUACUAACAGCCAUGUAAUCACUCAAUCGGGAUUUUCAAAGGAAGAUAUGAUUACAAUCCAAGGAGAAUUACAUUACAAAGAUCAUUUAAUAUAUUAUCAACCUAAUUUGUGGGAAGAAUUGAAAUGGGCAUGGAUACAGUAUAUAUCAUGUUUUAUCGUAUUUGUUUAUUUAACUAAUUAUAUUCUAACAUUUUUAUUCUCAAACCGAUAUUUAAAUUCGUAUAUUGUAGUGCCGUGGAAAGUUAAAUAAAAAAGAUAAUAAUAUUAAAUACGCACAUUCGCAUUUCGGUAAUUUCGUAAUUUAGCGCCAUGAACGUAGCCGAUUAAUUAAGAAACCAACGUUUGUUAUAAUUUUUUUUGAAUGAAUAUCUUUUUGUAUAUUUUAUAUAUACACAUACACACAUGCACAUAUACACAUAUAAAAAAUAAAAUGAAUGUAUAAUACAAUGAAUAUUGUU